AUGCGGUGGUUCUUACCCUCUAUUCAGUAUCCUCUCUCCCGGGAUGGAUUCUGGAGCCCCGUUACAUCGACUUUAAACUGGUGUGAAGAGGAUUAUUAUGUCACGAUCUACUCUGCGGAAAUAGUCAAUUCUUUCACCAAUUUGAUGUUUAUGUGGCUGGGUAUCAAGGGCAUCAUAAGUUGCCGUCGUAAUCAACAUGACCAGAUUUUCACUGUGGCAUUCCUUGGCUACCUGGUUGUGGGCUUUGGCAGUUUCUUAUUCCACUCCACACUCAAAUGCAAGUCUUUCCAGUUAGUUGAUGAGCUUUCAAUGAUCUACACCACAUGCCUGAUGUGCUAUGCCUCCUUCGCAUACAAUAGAUCCUUGAGAUUCCGAGUGGCUCUAGGCCUUUCUUUGACCUUCCUCUCCGUUUUCAUCACGCUUUAUUACCAUUACCUUCAGAAUCCAGUGUUCCACCAGAAUGCGUAUGCCCUCUUGACUACUAUUGUGGUUUUGAAAAGCAUGCAUACUAUGGAAAAUACACUGCGGCCCAAAUGGCGUGGAACUCGAGAGGAGGACCUUCUGGCCCGACAGAGGAAUUGGGAAAGUGCACCAACCAAAGAACGCCAAACUUACGAGAAUGAACGAGACACCAAGAUCCUCAAGACAAUGUGGUUCAUGGUGAUAUACGGACUCAGUAUGUUUCUCGGAGGGUUUCUCGUCUGGGGCAUGGACAGAGUGUUUUGCUCGCAGUUCCGCCAAUGGCGACGACAGGUGGGCUUACCGUGGGGCAUUUUCUUAGAGGGACAUGGCUGGUGGCAUAUCAUGACUGGUAUCGGUGCAUACUUUUAUAUCGUCUGGGGUAUUUGGUUGCGCCAUUGCCUGAACAAGAAACAGGAUCAGUACCAACUGCGCUGGGAACGCAUCUGGAAUAUUCCUGACAUCGUUCGGAUUACCCCUACAUCUGAUGAUGUGGUUACCCAGGCUAAGAAGUCGAUUUGA